UGCAGUGUACUUUGAUAGAGGUUGAAGAAGAACGAAACAUCCUGCAAGGCUGAUUUCAAGCUUCCCCUCCCCCCACACGAAAAAACAGUGUAAUCUCCGACACACCAACAGUGAAAUACAGAAAUGAUGAAGAGAUACUCUCGCUUCCCAUUUCGCCUGAGUUCCAAAACCCCAUCUCUCUCCCACUUUUACUCUUCUUCUUCUUCACCCAAAACCCCAGAUCAAGAAAAUGCUAAAACCCUCCAGCUCUUCUCAUGGGGGCGAGGCAGCUCCGGCCAACUCGGCUGCGGCACUUCCACCUCCGACCAAAUCAAACUCUACCCUUCUCCUAUCCCUACCCUUUCUCUCCCCCCUUCUUCCCGUCUCUCCUCCUCCAUUUCCGGCCGUUUACUCCGCUCCGGCGCCGGCGCCGGUCUGCCGGAGGUGGGAAUUUCAUGUGGGUUGUUCCAUUCGGCGGUUACGGUGGAGGGUCAGUGUUGGAUUUGGGGGAAAGGGGAUGGUGGAAGAUUAGGACUUGGUCAUGAGGAUUGCGUUUAUGUUCCUACUCUUAAUCCUCAUCUGUGUGAUGUUAAGUGUGUUGCUCUUGGUGGCCUUCAUUCUGUUUGCCUUGAUUCUUCGGGUCAGCUCUUUACUUGGGGUUAUGGUGGUUUUGGAGCUCUUGGUCACUCUGUUUAUACCAGAGAACUGUAUCCUAGAUUGGUUGAAGGCCCUUGGGACAAACCUAUAUGUCAUGUUUCAACCAGUGGAACACAUACUGCUGCUGUCACUGAAUCUGGUGAACUUUACACAUGGGGUCGAGAUGAAGGAGAAGGUAGACUGGGUCUUGGUCCCAAUCGAGGACCAGAUCAAGCAGGUGGACUUCCUAUCCCGUCCAAAGUGAAAGCUUUACCAGUGCCUCUGGCUGCGGUUUCUUGUGGUGGAUUUUUCACUAUGGGGUUGACUGAAGAGGGAGAAAUUUGGAACUGGGGAGCAAAUCGUAAUUAUGAGCUUGGGAGAGGUGACUCGAUUGGGGGCUGGAAACCGCAACCAAUUGCUAGCCUCAAAGAUAUUCGUAUCAUUCAGAUAGCAAGUGGGGGUUAUCACUCUCUUGCCUUAAGUGAUGAAGGUAAGGUUUUCUCCUGGGGUCAUGGUGGACAUGGUCAAUUGGGACACUCUUCUAAACAAAAUCAGAAAAUUCCUCUAGCCAUUGAAUUAAUAGCUGAUCAGAGAGUUGUGUAUAUUGCUUGCGGAGGUUCAUCAUCAGCUGCUGUAACAGAUACAGGGAAAUUAUACAUGUGGGGGAAUUCGAAGGAUCAGCAGUUGGGGGUUCCCGGGCUUAGAGAUGUACAAACAUCCCCCGUGGAAGUCAAGUUUCUUUCAGAGGAUGAUGAAUUAGGGAAUUACAAAGUACUCGCAGUGGCUAUAGGUGCUUCCCAUGCCAUGAGUGUAGUAUCACGGUCAGCUUAACUGUAUACAUCUGGCUUAGGAGACCAUGUUGGUAGCAGAAAGCAUGGUAGAUGAUUCUAACAGCGGAGCAAUUAUAGUGUAGAUUGUUCAUUAUGGCCAUCACCACCUUUACCUAGUGCAACAGCGUCUACCGUGGUUACCUUCUGUACAAUACGAGGUCGCCCUCAGAAUUUCAAGCUGUCCUAUCUACUGAGUAUGUAGAAAUUUCAGAUUUCUACAAACAAGAAAGCGAGGCACUGGUGCCGGUGGGCAUCAUAAUGAACACAUAAAUGGCUGGUCAGUAUUUGAGUUGUGAACUUUGGAGGGUAUCAUAAUUCAGUUGAGCUACUUUUUGGGGGUAAGUUUUGGGAAUGCCCCCCUCAAAAAUUAUAAAGCAGCAUUUUUGUCAUGGCAGUCUCUGUUACAUGGCUCAAAGCCUCAGGUAAUUAAAAUGUGCUCAUUACUCAAUAUAAAAGAUACAUCCAUAAUGGAGAGACUUGCAAAAUGUAGAGUGUAUAACAAAGACUAUUGUCCUUUGAUUAUUCUCCGGGAGCUCUUUGGGAAGAUUGCAGGAGCACGUCCGGUGAUUGAAGUGAUUUUCGAUCUUAAAAUGGAAAAUGUCAAUAAAUUUGUUUGUUUAACAAGUUAGAAGUGGGUAUUGAAAAAUUGUUUUAUUUUCA